UUUUUCUCUAGUUACUUUUUGUUUUUUGUCUCUUUUUUUUUUUGAUUUCUGUUUUAUUUUUUUGUUUUAUUUUGUUUUAUUUUUUUUUUCUCCUGUCAAAAGGAAUAUUCCUCAAACCUAGAUUAUACAUACUAUUGCAGAUAUCCCAUUUCAUUCGUUAGACUUUUCAAUUCUACAGACGACUUCGCGUUUUGACUAUGAAUAACACAUCUUCAGCAUCUCCUACACCUACUAGAAAGCGCACUCAUUUAAAGCCUAGCCAAGUAGCUAUUCUUCAAGAAUCCUUUAAUAAUAACCCACUUCCAGAUUCUAGCGUUCGAAGUCGUUUGGCUCGGGAGCUUGCCGUCACAGAACGUACAAUUCAAAUUUGGUUUCAGAACCGUCGUGCUAAAGCCAGAAAAUUAGAGGCGCUUCAUUCAUUUGCUGCAGUCGGUGCCAAGAACACAGCGACGAACGCUUCUCUUUUACGAGGAGCAGGUGGAUGGGUAGACCCUUCCUCCAACAGUCGUCACGCCACUCCCCCUCGUUAUCAAGCCACCUUUCGUACCAUGAUGACACCUGAACGUUUUGAAGAAUUAAAGCAGCAAGAUAAUCAACACAUACGUAGAAGACCUCGCUCCAUCUCAAAGCCUGAACCCAAGUCCUCUUCUAUCCAUAUCUCUCGUCAAAAUGAUGCAAGAGCUAUGUCUGAAGGUCUUAUUCAUAGAAGACAUCAUGCCUCUUCUUCAACGAUGAUGACGACGAGUGUUGGCCAAACAAGUAUGGUAAAUACUCCGCUUCAAAUGGUGCCUUUGCAUGUUAGCGUCCUUCGAAUUGGCUCCUGGACAAGAUUUGCUCAUGCGUCUCCUCAUACGCAUCAAAGAGAGUGGGAUCUUGUUUGUUAUAGCAGUCCUCAGGAACGCGAAUUUGUCUGGAAAGUACAAGCGGAAGGACAUCAUUUCAGGAUUCAAGUAGGAUUCGAUAACAUUCAACAACUCCGUCUGAGUCAACAAAUUCAGAUGGAAACGGGAGAGCUUGUAGGACAGCUGGGUAUUGAGUUAACCUUACCACUCAUGUUUUCGAUGUGGCGUUUUGGACAAGAUCAUGAAUGGGUUCGCUGCGGUGAUUUCACCGAAGACAAGCAAGCGAGUGUCGAUGGCAUUCAUAUUUUACAAGGCAGCUACGAAGCAUUCAAGCAAGCACUUUUGGAUUUGAUCGCCUACACUCCUGAAUUAGCCGCUAAAGUGAAUGUACUGCCUACCACGGCCGGCAUGGGUCCCAACGCACUCAUGAUGGAUUUGUCUCAAACAGUGGCUGCUACUGCUCCUACUACUACUACGGCUACUACGGUGACAGCCGUUCCUCCACCCCCUCUUGACCUUUGCCGUGAUUUUACCAUGUCUCCUUCAGCAACACCUGAACCCACCUCGCUUGCAGCCAUGUCAGGUCUACCACAGCAGCACAUGAUGUAUCACGGUAACGUUCCGUACGGGAUGAUAAAUCCUCAACACUUGUCUAAGACUAAUAUGUCUCACUUAAUGCUUCAAGCUCCAUUCUUUUAUCCAUCCCAAACUAGCUCUUCUGCAACUACAUCAGCAACAACAGCCACAGAAACGGAAGACUUGUAUCCGUUAAUGCAACCAUCCGACUUGCUGCUUCCACAAACGGCUACACCUGUAGCCUCUUCCGCCUCUUCCAUUCUGAUGUAAAGAGAACCAAAGAAAAAAAAAAAAAAACACCAUAAAAAAAAAAAAAAAAAAAACCA